UUGCCCGUGUACUUGUGCUCUAUUUACCUACCGUGCCAUUGGCACGUAGCACCACCCGUUCCUCCUGCUCUCACCUCGCAGAUCCGCCACCGGACUCGGACGCUGCUCCCCCAUCCUGUCUGCCCCGGCGCUCGCACCUAGCUACGAGCAGAUCCUGCCACCGGACGCGCCGCCGCUCCCCCAUACUGUCUACCCCGGCGCUCGCACCCAGCUACGAGCAGAUCUUGCCACCGGACGCGCCGCCCCCCCCCCCCAUCCUUCCCGAUCCUUCCUCGUGCAGAUUCGUCUCCUGAAUCGGAGCUUUCUAACCUUUGAAGGUACGGCUUGUCUUGUUGGAUUAGUUCGAUGUAUCUGCCGCAGUGGAUUAGUUCGAUGCACCUAUGAAGUACCAGUUUGCAAACUUCAAAAAUGAUGGCUAUAAUAAGACUGGAAAGGGAUACCUGAAGCUUCAGUUGAUCAACCAGAGGGAAGAUUUCUCGUUUGCACUUUUUUCGGGUGGUCUCUUGACGAGCUGAAGAUUUAUUAGCUGGAAGAGCUGACGGGCUGUUGACUCUUGCAGUGUUCUUGCAAGAUUUUGUUCACAUAAGCUUGAAGAUUUCUUCUUGCAGUGUUUUCAGCCACUCAAAGAGCUGAAGAUUAUCUUAUUAGAUUUGUACGAGCAGAGAAUGAAUGUACUUUGCUGGAGCCCUCGGGGUGGAUGUUUCUGCUGGAUCUGCCCCUAACAUGAGAUGAAAGAAGUGAAUGGUUGAUCCACUGGGGAAAUUUACUUUUAUCUCCAUUCCACCUUCUUUUGUGACUAUGGCGCUAGCUGCAAUCUACAGCCUUUUCAUCAUUAACAAGUCUGGUGGCCUUAUAUACCACAAGGACUAUGGUUCAGCAGGGAGGAUGGACACCAAUGACAGUCUACGCUUGGCAAGUCUCUGGCAUUCAAUGCACGCUAUCUCCCAGCAGCUGUCCCCUAUCCCUGGCUGUACAGGCAUUGACCUCCUACAAGCUCACAACUUCGACCUCCAUUGCUUCCAAUCCCUUACAGGGACAAAAUUUUUUGUUGUAUGCGAAACUGGCGCUCCUAAUAUGGAAAUGCUUCUGAAAGUGAUCUACGAGUUGUACACGGACUUUGUUCUGAAGAACCCAUUCUAUGAGAUGGAGAUGCCGAUCCGGUGCGAGCUUUUUGAUAUCAACAUAUCUCAAGUGAUACAGAAGGACCGUGUCGCACUUCUGGGCCGGUGAAUCAUGAAAACAUAUCGCCCCAUCAUGUACCUUAUAUAAUUUCCCUGUUCUCUAAACUACCUUCCAGAUUUGCUCAGCUGGAAACCUAUGUUUUAUUGGUGGAUAAUAGUUAACUUCAAUAGUGUGUUGCUCAUCUGUAAUCUUCUCUCUGAUGCUGAAAUAUAGAGAUUAAGAAAAUGUGCCUACGAGUA